AUUCUGCACUUGGUGCCAGAACUCUCAAUCCACCACUGAGAGAAAAUGUCCAUCCAAGUUGAACAUCCUGCUGGUGGUUACAAGAAACUGUUCGAAACCGUGGAGGAACUGUCCUCGCCGCUCACCGCUCAUGUUACAGGCAGGAUCCCCCUCUGGCUCACUGGCAGUCUCCUCCGAUGUGGGCCAGGACUCUUUGAAGUUGGAUCUGAACCAUUUUACCACCUGUUCGAUGGACAAGCCCUCCUACACAAGUUUGACUUUAAAGAAGGACACGUCACAUAUCAUAGAAGGUUCAUCCGCACUGAUGCUUAUGUCCGGGCAAUGACUGAGAAAAGGAUUGUCAUAACGGAGUUUGGCACCUGUGCUUUCCCAGAUCCCUGCAAGAAUAUAUUUUCCAGGUUUUUUUCUUACUUUCGAGGGGUGGAGGUCACUGACAAUACCCUUGUUAACAUCUACCCAGUAGGGGAAGAUUACUAUGCCUGCACAGAGACCAACUUCAUUACAAAGAUUAAUCCUGAGACUUUGGAGACAAUUAAGCAGGUUGAUCUUUGCAACUAUGUGUCUGUCAAUGGAGCCACUGCUCACCCCCAUAUUGAAAGUGACGGAACUGUUUACAACAUUGGUAAUUGCUUUGGGAAAAAUUUUUCAAUUGCCUACAAUAUUGUAAAGAUCCCUCCACUACAAGCAGACAAGGAAGAUCCAAUAAGCAAGUCAGAGGUUGUUGUACAAUUCCCCUGCAGUGACCGAUUCAAGCCAUCUUACGUCCAUAGUUUUGGUUUGACUCCCAACUAUAUUGUUUUUGUGGAGACGCCAGUCAAAAUUAACCUGUUCAAGUUCCUUUCCUCAUGGAGUCUUUGGGGAGCCAACUACAUUGAUUGUUUUGAGUCCAAUGAAACCAUGGGGGUUUGGCUUCAUAUCGCUGACAAAAAAAGAAGAAAGUACCUCAAUAAUAAGUACAGGACCUCUUCUUUUAAUCUCUUCCAUCACAUCAAUACUUACGAAGACAAUGGGUUUCUGAUUGUGGAUCUCUGUUGCUGGAAAGGAUUUGAAUUUGUUUAUAAUUACUUAUAUUUAGCCAAUUUACGUGAGAACUGGGAAGAGGUGAAAAAAAAUGCCAGAAAGGCUCCCCAGCCUGAAGUGAGGAGAUAUGUGCUUCCUCUGAAUAUUGACAAGGCUGACACAGGCAAGAACUUAGUCACACUCCCCAACACAACUGCCACUGCAAUUCUGUGCAGUGACGAGACCAUCUGGCUGGAACCUGAGGUUCUCUUUUCAGGGCCUCGCCAAGGUGAGAUUGAUUUAGAGAGGGAACAAAUUGUCUUUUUCAGAGAUUUUUUUCAGAGUUUUCCUAAGCAUGUUCUCUAUUUUGUAGCAUUUGAGUUUCCUCAAAUCAAUUAUCAGAAGUAUGGAGGGAAACCUUACACGUACGCAUAUGGACUUGGUUUGAAUCACUUCAUUCCAGACAGGCUCUGUAAGCUGAACGUUAAAACUAAAGAAACGUGGGUAUGGCAAGAACCUGAUUCAUAUCCAUCAGAACCUAUCUUUGUUUCUCACCCAGAUGCCUUGGAGGAAGAUGAUGGUGUAGUUCUGAGUGUGGUGGUGAGCCCUGGGGCAGGACAAAAACCUGCUUAUCUUCUGAUUCUGAAUGCCAAGGACUUGAGCGAAGUUGCCAGGGCUGAAGUGGAAAUUAACAUCCCUGUCACCUUUCAUGGAUGGUUCAAAAAAUCCUGAGCACAUUCUAGCACAUUAUAUUUCUAUUGACAAAACCAGAAAAACAGUCGGGUCUGCAAUCAAAUUCUGUUCAAUUUUAGGCUGCUGUAUUACAUCGUUUAACUUGCAGAUGCACACAAUUUUGCAAUAUUUUACAGAAAGCACAGAGUUUAGCAAGCAAUUCCUUAAAAAAAAAAAAAGCAGCACAAAUUUUAGAUAAUCAUACUCUCUCUGUGAGACAGGCGGACCAUAACUAAAAACUCUUUAUAUAUUUAUCGAUCAAAUAGAAAAUAAAUGUGGAUUUAUUAACCUUUUUUUCCCUACUGUAAAAGUAUAUUUUAGGUAUCUAUCUUCUCCAAUUAUUUUUUAACACUUAAAAGCCAAAGUUCUCUACAACUGAUUUGUAUAUGGCUUCCCUAAGGCAAGGUAGUACCAUGCAAAAAGGCUUAAUUACUAAAUGUCAGACCAAACUUUUUCACAAUCAGGGACUAUCAUCUAAGAGUAAUCCUAGUAAUAAGUAUAUGUAUAUAUAAAUAUAUUACU